GACAAACACACCACAAAAAUAUCACAAUUUCACAUUAACCUGGAACAAGUGACUUCAAGCUACAAGGGGACAAGUGGAUGCUGAACGCUUCUCCAUCUCUCUCCAGGGAUGUUCUGACUAGCGUAUGUUCCUUAUUUCCAAGCCAUGCGCCAUAAUCUUCCACUAUGCUUCCAUUUGUGGCUUUGUCUUCUGGGAGAGCUUAAGCUCUAUGAAGCCAGUCUUCAGCGUCCAAGCAUCUCCUUCUCAGCCAGUUAUGCUACAUACCUGACUGGAGAGCCAGUUAUUCUUCAGUGUCAAACUACAGUUGACUUCACAAUACAUGGAUACAAAUUCUUUAAGAAUGAUCGGGAAAUUCCUAGGUUGGAAAUAUCAUCGAACAGGCUAAGAAUAUCUUCAGCAAAAAAAAGUGAUGAUGGUUCCUAUAGCUGCCAAUACUGGGUGUUGGAUUCCAGAGGGAAGCAGCAAUCAGAUGUCAGCUUUCCUAUAUCACUGACUAUACUAGACCAACCAUCUCAGCCACGUCUCCUGGUAACACCUAGACAAUCACUUUACUUUGAAGGAGAAUCGGUAACUUUGGAAUGUGAACAUCACCCUGUACAUUCUCAGGUCAGGUAUGAGUUUCACAAAGAUAACAGCAAACUGGACAGCUACCAUGAUUCCUUGAGAUCCAACCGCCACAUUGAAGGACUGAGUUCACCAUUGUCUAGUGCUCCCCGGUUGAACUUUGUGCCAUCCUAUGCCACGUUCAUAAAGGGAGAAAAUGUAUCUAUGCAGUGUGUGGCUCCUUCUCCAGUUAUUCUAACCCUGUAUCGUUUCUACAAAGAGGGAGUGGAGAUCAGAGGACCAUUAUCCAGCAAAGGGUUAUUAUCAUUGCACAACAUCACAAAAAAGGAUCAGGCUCUAUAUACAUGUAUGUACUGGAGCCCAACAAGCAACAGAGAAAUCCCAUCCACUCAAAGUGAUGAAAGGGAGAUUUAUGUUAUAGAUCACUUACGUCCACCAAUGUUGUCUGCCGAUCCUCCUAGUGGAAGAAUCAAAGAUGGAGGCAAUGUAACUCUGUACUGCCUCAUCAGGGAAAGUUAUAAAAGGGCAAUAUUCCACUUUCUUAAUGAAACAGAUGAGGUGACCAGUGUACAUACUUACAAUCCACAGACAAGAGCAGCAGCAAUAACUAUUAUUGUGAAGAAAAAUAAUAACACUUCCCCUGCCAAAUACUCUUGUCAAUACACAGCAGAGAUCAAGGGACGUUUACUGCUGUCACCAAAGAGUCCCCAAGUUGAGAUCACUGUAAUAACAACUGGAUCUUUGCUGUGGCUGAUAGCUAUAGGAGUUGCUGCCGGGAUUGCUGUAUUGAUUAUAAUUGUCAGUUUGGUCUACUGGGUUCUUUCAGGCAAGAAAGGGAUAGCUCUGAUCUUUGCCUAUGUCAUCUGUCUUUUGGGGAAUGUAUUGUCCAUCACUGUCAUAAGUUUAGAUCAGAAUCUACAGGCACCUAUGUAUUUCUUCCUAAGAAGUUUGGCAACCUCAGAUAUGUUGUUUGUUUCUUCGACAGCCCCCAAGCUUGUGGCUACCCUGGUGAGUGGAGAUAAUGCCCUUACUUGUAAUGGUUGCCUUCUACAAUUAUAUUUUUAUGUAGUAGUAGGCACCAUUGAGUUCUACACUUUGGGGCUGUUGUCAGUUGACAGAUACCUUGCAAUAUGCCAUCCUUUACGGUACAACAACAUUAUGACAGACCAGUUUUGCUGGAAGGUCAUUGUUUGCCUAUGGAUAGCUGGCAUUUUGGAAUACAUGCCAGCAUUUGUCCUGAUGUUUCAGUUACAGUGGUGCAGCAAUUCUGGAUUUAUUGAUCACUUCUUCUGUGACGGCUCGGCUCUCUUAAAUUUAUCCUGCUCUGAUACACAAGUAGUUCAGAAUAUGUUCUUUAGUUUUACUUCAUUUGCUAUACUAGGCACUCUUAUACCCACAAUCCUGUCGUAUUGCUUUAUCCUGUAUUCCAUCUUCAGUAUCGCAUCAUCUUCUGGUAGAAGCAAAACCUUUUCUACAUGUUCUUCACACUUCAUUGCCGUGGUGUUUGCUUAUGGAAGCUGUAUAUUUAUUUAUAUAAGUCCUGCCGGGUCAAUCUCAUCCAGUUCUGGAAAGGUUGUAGCUGUCUUUAAUAGCAUUUUUUGUCCACUGUUGCAUCCAUUUAUAUAUAGUUUGAGGAACCAAAUGGUCAUGACUGCUUUGAAGAAUGUUUGUAGACAGAAUUUGCCACCCGCUAUGGUUGACCACAUCAGGUGA